AUGAAGGUGGGUGAGAGAGAAAGUGUAAAGAGCAACAAAGAGCACAUGGCCUCGUUACCAUUGGGGCAUCAGCCUCAUAUUCCUCCUCCUCCGCCGCCGCAGCCGCAGCUUCACGACGGGGACGCUUUGAAUCGCCGCCCUGAAAUGGAUUCUGAUAAGGAAUUGUCUGCUGCUGUUAUAGAGAGCAAUGAUGCCGUUACGGGUCAUAUCAUCUCCACUACCAUUGGAGGGAAAAAUGGUGAACCGAAGCAGACCAUUAGUUACAUGGCUGAGCGGGUUGUUGGAACUGGAUCAUUCGGAAUUGUUUUCCAGGCCAAAUGCUUGGAAACUGGAGAAUCAGUAGCCAUUAAAAAGGUCUUACAAGAUCGACGCUACAAGAAUCGUGAGUUGCAACUAAUGAGACUUAUGGAUCAUCCGAAUGUCAUCUCCUUGAAGCACUGUUUCUUCUCUACAACGAGUAGAGACGAGCUCUUCCUCAACCUCGUUAUGGAGUAUGUACCUGAGACUCUGUACCGGGUUUUGAGGCACUAUGCUAGUUCAAAUCAGAGGAUGUCAAUUUUCUAUGUCAAACUUUACACAUAUCAAAUCUUCAGAGGUUUGGCUUACAUCCAUACUGUUCCUGGAGUUUGCCACAGAGAUGUGAAACCACAAAAUCUUUUGGUUGAUCCCUUAACCCAUGAGGUUAAGCUGUGUGAUUUUGGAAGUGCAAAAGCAUUGAGAAAUAUAGGCGCGAUCUCUCAGCACACUAAAGCGUUCAUUUCAUGCAUCUCUGUUCUGGUCAAAGGUGAAGCAAACAUAUCAUACAUCUGCUCCCGUUACUAUCGAGCUCCAGAACUCAUCUUUGGAGCCACAGAGUAUACAUCAUCCAUAGAUAUAUGGUCUGCUGGUUGUGUUUUGGCAGAGCUUCUUCUUGGCCAGGUUUUUCAUAAGCGGAUGCCUCCAGAAGCCAUUGACCUCGCUUCUAGGCUUCUUCAAUAUUCACCAAGCCUACGCUGCACUGCGCAAAACAACUUUGUACAUGAGAACGAAAGAAAAAGGCUGGAAGCAUGUGCUCAUCCGUUUUUCAAUGAACUCCGAGAGCCAAACGUCCGUCUUCCAAAUGGUCGUCCAUUACCGCCAUUGUUCAACUUCAAACAAGAGUUAAGUGGAGCUUCACUGGAGCUGAUCAACAGGCUAAUACCUGAGCAUGUGAGAAGACAGAUGACCACAGGACCACAAAACAACUAG